AUGUCUUCAUCGUCGUGGCUUCCAAUCCUUCACCCGGAUUCUUCUCCUUCCGCUGCGUCAGAAACCUCAUCACCCAGGAAGAUCAGAGCACCAUACUCCAUCNACUUCCUUGAGGCUCCAUGUAAGUCUCUUCGACUUCCUCUGUUCAAAUCAAACGAUUUCUGA